CACAUUUUCUCCCAGGAUGCUCCGGGUGCGCGGGCGGCGGGCGCCCAAGUCCGCGAAGGUAUCGGCGCUGGAGCUGAGCGUAGCGAGGCGUUCGCCGCGGUUGAGGCAGCUGGACGUGGAGCAGGUGCAGCGAGGAUUCCGCUGGUUCAUACCCGUCCGCCAUGAAGCCCCCAGCAGCCUGUGCAGGCGACAUGCUGGACACUGUGUCCCCACCGCGCUCCCCCGUCGUGAACCACCUGCGGUGGGACCUGAGCGCAUCACAGAUCGAGACGCGCACCAAGGAGCUGAUCGAGCAGACGAAGCGUGUGUAUGACCAGGUGGGCGUACAGGCGUUCGAGGAGGUAUCCUUCGAGAGCACGCUCAAGGCACUGGCGGACGUGGAGGUGACCUACACGGUACAGAGGAACAUCCUGGACUUCCCCCAGCACGUGUCCCCGUCUAAGGAGAUCCGGGUGGCCAGCACGGAGGCCGACAAGAAGCUCUCGGAGUUCGACGUCGAGAUGAGCAUGCGGCAGGAUGUGUACCAGCGGGUCGUCUGGCUGCAGGAGAAGCUGCAGAAGGACUCCCUGAGGCCCGAGGCCGCGCGGUACCUGGAGCGGCUCCUCAAGCUGGGCCGCAGGAACGGGCUUCACCUGCCCAAGGAGACCCAGGACAAAAUCAAGAGCAUGAAGAAGAAGCUGAGCCUGCUAUGCAUCGACUUCAACAAGAACCUGAACGAGGACACCACCUUCCUGCCCUUCACACGCGAGGAGCUGGGGGGGCUCCCCGAGGACUUCCUGAACGCCCUGGAGAAGACGGAGGGCGACAAGCUGAAGGUCACGCUCAAGUACCCGCACUACUUCCCGCUGCUGAAGAAGUGCCACGUGCCGGAGACCAGGCGGAAGGUGGAGGCGGCCUUCAACUCGCGGUGCAAAGAGGAGAACUGUGCCAUCCUCAAGGAGCUGGUGGCGCUGCGGGCCCAGAAGUGCAAGCUGCUGGGCUUCAGCACGCACGCCGACUACGUCCUAGAGAUGAACAUGGCCAAGACCAGCAAGGCGGUGGCUGCUUUUCUGGAUGAGCUGGCGCAGAAGCUGAAGCCCCUGGGCGAGCAGGAGCGAGCAGUGAUCCUGGAGCUGAAGGAGGCCGAGUGCACGCGCCGGGGGCUGCCGUUUGACGGCCGCAUCCACGCGUGGGACAUGCGCUACUACAUGAACCAGGUGGAGGAGACGCGCUACCGCGUGGACCAGAACCUGCUCAAGGAGUACUUCCCCAUGGAAGUGGUCACGCGCGGGCUGCUGGGCAUCUACCAGGAGCUGCUGGGCCUCACCUUCCAGCUGGAGGAGGGGGCCGCCGUGUGGCACGAGGACGUGCUGCUCUACUCAGUGCGCGACGCGGCCUCGGGCGAGCUCCUUGGCCAGUUCUACCUGGACCUGUACCCCAGGGAAGGCAAGUACGGCCAUGCGGCCUGCUUUGGCCUGCAGCCUGGCUGCCUGCGACAGGAUGGCAGCCGCCAGAUCGCCGUGGCGGCCAUGGUGGCCAACUUCACCAAGCCCACGCCGGAUGCCCCGUCACUGCUGCAGCACGACGAGGUAGAGACCUACUUCCACGAGUUUGGGCACGUGAUGCACCAGCUCUGCUCACAGGCUGAGUUCGCCAUGUUUAGCGGGACCCACGUGGAGCGCGACUUCGUGGAGGCACCAUCGCAAAUGCUGGAGAACUGGGUGUGGGAGAAGGAGCCGCUGCUGCGCAUGUCCGGGCACUACCGCUCUGGCCACGCCGUGCCCCAGGAGCUGCUGGACAAGCUCAUCCAGUCGCGCCAGGCCAACACUGGGCUCUUCAACCUGCGCCAGAUCGUGCUGGCCAAGGUGGAUCAGGCCCUGCACACGGGCACGGACAUCGACCCUGCCGAGGAGUAUGCGCGGCUUUGCCAGGACAUCCUUGGGGUCCCCGCCACACAAGGCACCAACAUGCCGGCCACCUUCGGCCACCUGGCAGGCGGCUAUGACGCGCAGUACUACGGCUACCUGUGGAGCGAGGUGUUCUCCAUGGACAUGUUCCACACGCGCUUCAAGCAGGAGGGGGUGCUGAGCCCCAAGGUGGGCAUGGAUUACAGGACCACCAUCCUGAGGCCGGGCGGCUCCCAGGACGCCAGUGCCAUGCUGAAGCUCUUCCUGGGCCGCGAGCCCCGGCAGGACGCCUUCCUCCUGAGCAAGGGGCUGCCCGUGGAGGCCAGUGAGCCGCCCGCCUGCUGACCCCGGAGCCUGCGGCCCGUGCCCGCCCGCUGCCCUGUGCCUUAGCCCCAGCCCGAUGGCGGCCCACUGCACGGCGCUCCGGGCCCCAGACCAAGCGCCAGCAACUCCUCCUCCCUGCCCCGUCCCAGCCGCUCCAGGCCCGCGGGGGCCAGGCGGGGCACAGAGCUCGCCCCACGGGCCUCAUGUUGGUUGCACUAGUGUCCCCUCGGUGUGGUACCAGGAGACACGGCCAGUAAACACUUGAAACGGU